CUAAGGAACCCCCUUGCGAUUCUGGCUACGCCCCUGCAACCCCUCUUGUGGUUAGAAGCAACGUUUGCUGGCGCUGCCUUUUGCUUGGGAUUUGUUGUUGCGCUGUCCGUUGCCCGUUGCCAUUUGCCAGUCCGUCAGUCUGCGCUGGUUCCCGCUGGCGAGGUGAGGUGUCCGCUCGCGCUGCCGCUCCCGCUCCCAUUCCCGCUCGCUCCGUCUCUUUUGCUGGCCAAGAAAACCGCUUCCGCCACUGGCGCUGGCGCUGGCGAUACAAAUACAAUACAAUUACCAACAGCUGCCUGCCGCUCCGGCAGAGAAAAUGCGCUGGCAGUCGCAGCUCCAAACGCUCAAAAGACGCUCCAGAAACGCUCCAACAUCUGCAAUCCGCAUCCACGCAACAUAGAGCGCCACGAUGCCACCGCACAAAUGGACGGACGAGUCGCGGGAUGCCUCGUGCUACUACGAGGAUGCGGCCGCAUCCCGCCUCCGCCGGCCAUCCACCUCCUCCAACUCCUCGAACUCGGCGGACCGCUCCGACGACGAGGCGGACGACGAACGGGAGGCGUUUUGCUCCGGCGAACGACCGCUAAUCCGCUCCAGCGGCGCUGCGGAGGAAAACCAUGGCUGUGGCCCAAAGACGCGUCACAUAUUCGGAUUGAUGGGCUUCCUGGGAUUCGCGGUGGUCUACGCGAUGCGGGUCAAUCUGUCGGUGGCCAUUGUGGCCAUGGUGAACCAAACGGCCAUUCCGCACAGCAACGCAUCGGUGAUUGAUACGGACACAUGUCCACUGCCGGCGCCCCAUCACAAUGGCAGUGAUCCCAAUCCGCAGAAGGAGGGCGAGUUUGUGUGGGACGAGGCCACGCAGGGAUUGGUGCUCGGCAGCUUCUUCUACGGCUAUGUGCUAACCCAGGUCCCCGGCGGACGGAUGGCCGAGCUGUAUGGCGGUAAGAAGAUCUACGGCUAUGGAGUGUUAAUCACGGCGAUCUUUACGCUCAUUACCCCACUGGCCGCCCACUGGGAUCUGCCGCUGCUGGUCCUCGUCCGCAUCCUGGAGGGAAUGGGCGAGGGCGUCACCUAUCCAGCUAUGCACGCUAUGCUGGCCCAUUGGAUACCGCCGCUGGAGAGGAACAAGUUCGCUGCCAUCGUCUAUGCGGGCUCCAAUAUUGGCACAGUCAUUUCCAUGCCUUUGGCCGGAUGGCUGUGCUCCCUGGACUUCCUGGGUGGCUGGCCAUCGGCGUUUUACAUCUUCGGGCUGCUGGGCAUUCUGUGGUUCAUCGCCUGGAUGUACUUGGUGUACGACAAGCCCAGCGAUCAUCCGAGGAUCUCAGUUACGGAGCGAGAGUACAUCGAACGGAGUCUACACGUACAGAGGCUGAUAAAUCAGGAUAUAGCGGAGCCCGAGGAAGAGGAGGAGGGACAAGAUGAUGUCAAUCUGAGGAGGCCGUCGGAGGAGCCGAUACCCUGGUCAUCGCUGCUCACAUCCGUGCCGCUGUGGGCCAUCCUGUUGACCCAAUGCGGCCAGGGUUGGGCCUUCUACACGCAGCUCACCGAGCUGCCCACCUACAUGAGCAACAUCCUCCACUUUGACAUCCAGUCGAAUGCUCUGCUGAAUGCGGUGCCGUAUCUAACCGCCUGGUUCGUGGGCAUCGCCUGCUCCGCUCUGGCGGAUUGGAUGCUGGCCAGGCGCUACAUCUCCCUGCUGAACUCCUACAAGCUGUGGAAUACGGUGGCAUCGGUGGUGCCCUCGCUGGGCCUGAUUGGCAUCAUCUAUGUGGGCUGCGAUUGGGUGUGGGUCACCUUCAUGCUGGCCGGCGUGGGCUCAUUCGGUGGAGCUGUCUAUGCUGGCAACCAAAUGAAUCACAUUGCGCUCAGUCCGCGGUAUGCGGGCACCAUGUACGGCAUUACCAAUUCGGCGGCAAAUAUCUGUGGCUUCCUGGCUCCGUAUGUCAUUGGGCUGAUUAUCAAUCAUCGCGAAACGCUGACCCAGUGGCAUUUGGUCUUCUGGCUGGCGGCUGGCUUGAAUAUAGCCGGUAACUUCAUCUACCUGAUCUUCGCCAGCGCCGAGGAGCAGAGCUGGUCAAAGACACCACCCACACGCAGCUCACGAUCCCAGCGCGCUUGAAGCAAGCAUAACUAUACGCUAUUUUAGCUAGAUCUUAAGCAUUUGUGAUAAUUCCGAUAUAUACACAUAUAUCCUACAUAUAUAUAUUUGGGCUCGAUGUUUUCCGGAUGCAAGAAUGUGUGGCUUCCAAAAAAAAAAAAAACGAAACGAAACGAAACGAAACUAGUGCUACCAAAUCGGAAUGGGAAAUCGAAAGGAUGUUAACUGUUUCAGUGUAUUAUAUAUAGUACGUGUAUCGUCCUUUUAUAUGGACUUUUGUUUUGCUAGGCGUCUUUUUUGUAAACAAGUAUACCAAUACCAACAACAUAUAUAUUUAUAUAUCUAUGAUAUACACGCUCGAAGGCACGUAGAUCUAUUGAAAUAAACAGCACAAACAUAUCGAACUGUGGCACAUUACCUGA